GCAUGAUGGCUGCCCCCAGCGCCUGCCGUCCGAGGGCUUGUAGGCGUUGUGCUGACUGACAGCUCCGCCGCCCUGGGCCCGCCCUCUGCCCUCACCAGCCCAGCCGCGUCGGGCUCGGAUAGCUCUGCGAGGCGGCGGCCUGACCUGGAGCCAUGGGGACCGUGCACGCCCGGAGUUUGGAGCCUCUUCCAGCUAAUGGACCUGAUUUUGGGGGAUUAGGAGAAGAAGCUGAGUUUGUUGAAGUGGAACCUGAGGCUAAACAGGAGAUUCUUGAAAACAAAGAUGUGGUUGUUCAACAUGUUCAUUUUGAUGGACUCGGAAGAACCAAAGAUGAUAUCAUCAUAUGUGAAAUCGGAGACGUUUUUAAGGCGAAAAACCUUAUCGAGGUGAUGCGGAAAUCUCACGAAGCCCGGGAGAAACUGCUUCGCCUCGGGAUAUUUCGACAAGUGGAUGUUCUGAUCGAUACAUGUCAAGGUGACGAUGCUCUUCCAAAUGGGCUGGACGUUACCUUUGAGGUCACCGAAUUGAGGAGACUGACGGGCAGUUACAACACCAUGGUCGGGAACAACGAAGGCAGCAUGGUGCUCGGCCUCAAACUCCCUAAUCUCCUAGGCCGUGCGGAAAAGGUGACUUUUCAGUUUUCCUAUGGAACCAAAGAAACGUCGUAUGGCCUGUCCUUCUUCAAACCACGGCCUGGAAACUUCGAGAGAAACUUCUCCGUAAACCUGUACAAAGUUACCGGCCAGUUCCCCUGGAGCUCGCUGCGGGAGACGGACAGAGGGGUGUCGGCCGAGUACAGCUUUCCCAUCUGGAAGACCAGCCACACGGUCAAGUGGGAUGGCGUGUGGCGGGAGCUGGGCUGCCUCUCAAGGGCGGCGUCCUUCGCUGUGCGGAAGGAAAGCGGGCACUCGCUGAAAUCCUCUCUUUCGCACGCGAUGGUCAUCGACUCACGGAACUCCUCCAUCUUGCCCAGAAGAGGUGCUUUGCUGAAAGUUAACCAGGAGCUGGCAGGCUACACAGGAGGAGACGUGAGCUUCAUAAAAGAAGAUUUUGAGCUUCAGUUGAAUAAACAGCUCAUAUUCGACUCCGUGUUCUCCACAUCUCUCUGGGGUGGGGUGCUGGUGCCCAUCGGCGACAAGCCCUCGAGCAUUGCCGACAGGUUUUACCUCGGAGGGCCAACAAGUGUCCGUGGGUUCAGCAUGCACAGCGUUGGGCCACAGAGUGAAGGAGACUACCUGGGUGGAGAGGCCUACUGGGCCGGCGGCCUACACCUGUACACGCCCUUGCCCUUCCGGCCAGGCCAGGGCGGCUUCGGAGAACUCUUCCGAACGCACUUCUUCCUCAACGCAGGGAAUCUCUGCAAUCUCAACUACGGGGAGGGCCCCAAGGCGCACAUCCGAAAGCUGGCCGAGUGCAUCCGCUGGUCCUAUGGCGCCGGCAUCGUCCUCAGGCUGGGCAACAUCGCCCGGCUGGAACUUAACUACUGUGUCCCCAUGGGCGUGCAGAAGGGUGACAGGAUAUGUGACGGUGUGCAGUUUGGAGCCGGGAUCAGGUUCCUGUAGCCGGCACGCGGCCUCGAGGCCCCGCAGGAGAAGCCCCGCGGCCUGGCAGCAGCGAGUCACUUUCUCGCCGAGCAGACGCGCCCGAGCUGCUCUUUGCAGUCCCGGUGGGAAAGCACAUCAAUAAAUUUUAAAGACAAAUA